UCUCCAGUGAAGCCAGCCCUACUUUGAUUGCCUUUGCAUUUUAUAUACGUUGAAAUACACCUGGAGAAGUGGCGUAAUUUGUACCAAUCUGGUCACCUCGGCUUGCUCAAAAGACCCUUAGCCUUUUCCCGUGGUGAACAGUUAGCCGCUGUGUUGAACUUGGAAAAGUUAGCGUUACAGUAAGAUGGAUUUUGUCACCAGGUCGUUAGCAUGGCUCCUGCCAAUGCACGAAUACAAAAACAUCGUGUAUCCCUACUUCAUUACCAGGGAGAACCUGGAAGCGAUGCCCAACUUUCAAAUGAGAGACGACGACAUCGUGAUCGCCAGCUACCCCAAAACAGGAACCAACUGGGUCCUGGAAAUCAUCACCAAAAUCUUGCAGGCAGCUGGGAAGAGCGAGGCCACUUCAGAGGAACGAGCCUUUGCUAAGCUGGAGUUCCACCACCCUGAGCUUCCCCAGACCACACACCUGAUGCUGGAGGACAGCCCCUCACCAAGGGUCAUCCUGACCCACCUGUGCCCUGAUUUAGCACCCCCGGGAAUAGCCAACCCUGAGGGCAAUGUGAAGGUGAUAGUGGUAAUGAGGAACCCGAAGGACGCUGCUGUCUCCAACUACCACUUCGGCCUGAAUAUAAUGAGGAAUUACUUCUACUUUGGUCACAUUUUGGCUUAUUUUCUUACCUGGGACAGAUUUUGUAACGUCUUCCUGUCUGGAGAAGCCGUUUUUGGCAACUUCUACAAUCAUGUGUUGUCCUGGUGGCAGAAGCGUCACGACCCCCACUUCCUGUUUCUCAAGUAUGAAGACAUGCAGAAGAAUCUGACAGAUGCUGUGAAGACAGUGGCAGAGUUUCUGGAGAUGGACCUAGAUGAUGCCACCGUCAAACACAUUGCCAAGGACUGCACAUUCCACAACAUGAAAAAAGUGUUUGAGAACUCAGACUUCAAGCACAGAACCUUCAUGGCAAGAAAAGGUAUGGUAGGUGACUGGACGAACUACUUCAGCCCAGAGCAGAGCCAGGCUUUUGAUGCCAUGUACAGGGAGAAGCUGGAAGGCACUGGUCUGGAGUUUGAGUUCGAGUGACCCGUCUUACCUAGGAAUUAACAGCAAAGAAGCAGACAAUGGAUAGGAGAUAGUGGCAGGCUGUGGCUGAG